GUCCUCGACGCUCACGCUCACGCUGCCCCGAAGGCUGGCAAUAUGGAACCCUAAGCCCGGCACUUUUCUCGAAGGCAAAUGGAGGAAAAGACGAGUUUUCUGGAUUUGAAACGUGAAUAAGUUUUCUGGAUUUGGAUGCAACUGCAACUCUUCAACUACGCUAUCACUUCUUAAAAAACGUAGAUAGUGAAGUACAAGUACUCCAGUAGAUUAAGUGAAAGAUGCCCCCAAAAAAGGCUGCUUCUAGCUCCUCUGGUGCCGCCAAGCAGGCAAAUGCGAAGCAGAAGGCAGUUCCGCAUGCACGAAACACGAGACUUGCGGCCGCGGCGAAAGCGAAUGCCGCUCCCGCAGUGGGACUCCCAGCACCGCAUCUUCAACCCGGGUUACAUCAUCCGGCGUUUUUGCAAGCCCAACAGGCUGUACCCGGUGCUGCUACAAUACCCGCUCGCAAUAGUAUGCUGCUACCAGGUGGACAACCGCAACAGGCCAAACAGCCACCCACUGGGCAUGUGCUGCACCGAGCGCAAUUUCAACAGCAGCUGAUGCUGCAGCAACAAGCAGUGGCUGCACAAGCACUGAAAGGUAGUAUGGGCGUCGCGGGUCACCUAGUACCACAAGGAACAGUACUACAACA